CGUAGAACGUCGGGCGAGACGCGCAGGCGCAGUGCGGGGUUACCUGUGGGUUUAUGUAAAUGAGCUCAUGGAGCAGCCUUAGAGGAAGGGGCGGGGCUUCACCUGUGUCCUUUGGAGGGCGAGGAAGGGAGAGUGCCUCAGCUUGCAACACCGAAGGCCAAAUGGGGAUGCUUUGCUUUAUGUAGUGUAAAAACAGAACUGGGUGAAGAUGACUUUAAAUGUAUUGAUGGGGAAAUGAAAAGUUAAGCUGGUCGGUUUUCAGUGAUGUGACAGCUGAGGCCACCAUGUCUGCUUUAUGUCCUCCUCCUUCUCCUGCCGUUGCCAAGACAGAAAUUGCACUGAGUGGAGAAUCACCACUACUGGCUGCUACUUUUGCAUACUGGGAUAAUAUUCUUGGCCCCAGGGUUAGACAUAUCUGGGCCCCAAAAACAGAACAGCAGCUUCUCAGUGAUGGAGAAAUAAUAUUUCUUGCAAACCAUACUCUGAACGGAGAAAUACUUCGUAAUGCAGAGAGCGGUGCCAUCGAUGUAAAGUUUUUUGUUUUGGCUGAGAAAGGAGUCAUUAUUGUCUCCUUAAUUUUUGAUGGGAAUUGGAAUGGGGACAGAAGUACGUACGGACUUUCAAUAAUACUUCCCCAAAGUGAGCUUAGUUUCUACCUUCCCCUUCACAGAGUGUGUGUUGACAGGCUUACACACAUUAUAAGAAAAGGAAGAAUAUGGAUGCAUAAGGAGCGGCAAGAACUUUUCCAGAAGGCUGCCAUGGAAGGUACAGAGAGAAUGGAGGAUCAGGGCCAAAGCAUCAUUCCAAUGCUGACGGGGGAAGUUAUUCCAGUAAUGGAACUCCUUUCAUCUAUGAAAUCACACAGUGUUCCAGAAGAAAUAGAUAUUCGUGAUACAGUGCUAAGUGAUGAUGACAUUGGAGAUAGCUGUCAUGAAGGUUUCCUCCUUAAAGCUAUCAGUUCACACCUCCAGACAUGUGGUUGCUCAGUUGUUGUAGGAAGCAGUGCAGAAAAAGUUAAUAAGAUAGUUCGGACACUGUGCCUCUUUCUCACUUCCGCAGAGCGGAAGUGUUCUAGACUCUGCCGAAAUGAAACCUCCUUCAAGUACGAGUCAGGUCUUUUUGUGCAAGGAUUGCUCAAGGAUGUUACUGGAAGCUUUGUGUUGCCUUUCCGUCAAGUAAUGUAUGCUCCAUAUCCUACCACACACAUAGAUGUAGAUGUCAACACGGUAAAACAGAUGCCUCCUUGCCACGAACAUAUCUAUAAUCAGCGGCGGUACAUGAGAUCUGAGCUUACAGCAUUUUGGAGAGCCACUUCAGAUGAAGACAUAGCUCAGGAUACCAUUAUUCAUACAGAUGAAAGCUUCACUCCUGACUUGAAUGUUUUCCAAGAUGUCCUCCAUCAAGACACUCUAGUAAAAGCCUUUCUGGAUCAGGUCUUUCAUCUGAAACCUGGAUUGUCUUUGAGGAGUGUGUUCCUUGCACAAUUCCUUUUAGUCCUUCAUAGAAAAGCCUUAACUCUCAUCAAAUACAUAGAAGAUGAUACGCAAAAAGGUAAAAAGCCUUUCAAAUCUCUUCGUAGUUUGAAGAUAGACCUGGACUUAACAGCAGAGGGCGAUCUUAACAUAAUAAUGGCUUUAGCCGAGAAGAUCAAGCCUGGUUUACAUUCAUUUCUCUUUGGACGGCCUUUCUACACCAGUGUGCAGGAACAUGAUGUCCUGAUGGCAUUUUAAAGAUGUUUUUGAUGUGGGUUUCUGGAGCUCUACAGUACUUUUCAAAGAUAUCUCUAAAGGGAAUGUGGUGUUUACUUGGAAAGUAUGUGCAACUAACUGAAUGUGAAGUUACACUACAGCCUGUGGAAAAAGGGAUAGGAUGGUUUUUGGAGUUGAGUCAAAUCACAUCAACAUGGGCAUGCAUCAGAGGUUCCUUUUUGUAUAUAGAGAAGAGUAAAUAUUAUUGUGGCUGGUUGAAGUGCUUACUCUACAAGACGUUUAAACCCUCAAAGCAAAGAGAACAGUACUUAAUGGUUGUUCAGAGUAACACUGGAUUUCUCACUUUUUCUUCCUGUGUGUGGUACAGAGCAAAUUAAUACACUUGUCCCUUUCAUAUCUAAGGGCUGUUGACUGAAAAACAUGCUGAAGAGAGUGUCUUCUGGUGUGUUUAUUAGCAUGAACAGUGUCAUGUAUCUCUUUUUAUGCAUGUAUCCCUGAAAAGCAAUUGGAAACCUGGUGACAUCUCAUCAUUUAAAGAGAAAGGAAACGGAAUCCUUCAGAACACUGUUUUUAGAGUCUGCUAUCAUUUUUCAUGUUUCUUUGUGCCCAGGUGCCAAGCAGUGCUACUUGGACGAUUAUGUAUGUUGCACUGGCUAAUAACUAGAUAAGAUAAAUAAGAUUAUUGGUAGGGUUUUUUUUGUUGUUGUUUUUUCGGGCUAUCUGGCCAUGUUCUAGAACAAAAAAACAUUGUUGCAAAUCUUUAUACCAUAGGAAAGCUAGGGUUUAUAGUGAACGUAUAGCAGUGGCCAAACUUUCUCUGAUGAGCUGCUGUAUAAAGCCAAAUACUCCUAGACCUCACGUACUUUGUGGCAAGGGUUGACUAUAGCCAAAUGUGGCAGGUAACACAGUUUGAAGGAAGGAUAAGAAUGCUGCUUUGACACAUUAGUCUCCAACACCAGCAUGUUUGCUUCUUACCUACCCUUUUAUCUGUACGGAAAACAUAAGAAUAUGUAUAAUUUACCCAUUUUCCAAUGCCUUGGAUAUUGUUUAACAUGGAAUAUUUUUAUUGGUUACAGUGUCCAGAUUUCACAAAUUUAAAAUGCAAACAUAUGCCUUUCUACUGCAUGCCAUGCUGCAGUUGAUGUUUUAGUACAUACUGCUGUUGAUUUAUUUAUUUGUUUAAUUUUUGGUGUUUGUGUUUUUGCCAAAUGCAAUUAUGUUUCUUUAAGUGCAAUAUUUUUUUAUUCCUCUGUGAUUGGAGAGAUGCUCUGUUAAAAUGACAUCUCUAAACAUGUUGGGUGAAAGUUUUUGUUAAACCUAUUCCUGAGCGUUCUCUAACAUGAAAUCUUAUGUUCUUGGAAAUAUGUUCCCUGUUGUGAUCUAGUGGCUAUGACUCACAAUGGCUCUAAUAAGCACAUGUGAGUUCUGGGGAAGGUUUUUCCCUUUUUAACCAUUGCAUCUUGGCAAUUGGUGAGUGCCAAACUUUCCCGGUUAGUAAAAUGAGCAAGGCAGUCUUUUCUCUUGUGGACUCAAAGUCGCACAGAUCUCUUCAUUAUGGCCUAUGUUAAUUUAUUAAGAUGUAUUGUGUCAAAAUACUAAAUGUUAUUGCAGAGGAGGGAAACUCACAAAUCAGAUUUUUAGAACUAUUGAAAAAGAAUAAGCAAUGGGACAAAUAAGCCAAGAAAGAAAGAAAAACUCCCUACCCUUUAAUUUGGUGGGGAGUAGUGCCCGGGGCAAGAAGGAAAUAAUUUGGGAUUAAAAUUGCUUCCCAGAGUUAACAGGGUAAGUAUAUAUCUUGUGGUCUAAUGUACUGCAAGAGAUAAGUCACAAAAAACUCUGCCUUUGAAAUUCAUUGGCCUGUGUAGCCUUUCACAUUUAUAUUGCAGGGCGUUCAGUACAGGGAACUGAUAUUUUUGUAGGUUACUGAAGUCAUACAUACUGCAAUACAAAGCGUAAGAUAAUUACAUGCUUAUCUGCAAUUCUGUUGCAUGAUUUGAUUAUCUUUGGUGUUAGUUUAAUGGCAGCUUACAUAACUGUACACCUAUUGUUGUAAUUGUAACAUAGCUAAAAGUACUGCCCUUUCUUUGUUUACACUUUGAGUUAUACACUAAAGUUGGAUUUUUUUCCUUGUGUUUGGAGUGGGGUUUGAAAGAGAAAUAGUAUUUGAUCUCUGUAUUCUGGGUCCCUGAAUGUUUCAUAUUUUCUAGUCUUUUAAUGGCAAGGUGCUUGAAAAGUGAGUGGGAGAAUUAUUUAUAAUACAAUCUAGUAAUAAGACAAAUGCUUUUUAUUUGCCGUUGUCUUGAAAUUGCCCAAUAGGAGGUCAAGAGUUUUUCUCUAUGUUUAAUUUACUUUUUAAAGUGGUUUACAUAGCCUUAGCUUCUUAAGAGUAAAUAAGAUGUUGCCACACAGAGACCACAUUAUUGAAUCACAUGCCUAAUUAUAGGUUGUUAAAUUUUGAUAAAUACCACUGGCAUUACUAAACUGAAAGCACUGUUGUUUGAAACACAUUGUAAUGUUGGCUUUUCCCACUAUGGAAUUACUCAAAAAGUGAAAACUUGUUCCAAGUAUUAAUGCACUUUUGCCAUGUAUACAGGGAAUAAUAAAAGAUUAAUACCUCUGUA